AUGGAUGGAAUGUAUGGUUUCCAUUCGGCCAGUGAUUACUCAGACAAGGCGGUGCUGAUGAUGUCGCCGGAUAAUCUGAUGUUUCCUUCCGAUUACCAGGCCUUACUAUGCUCCUCCGCCGGUGAUAACCGCGUGUCCGAUGUUUUCGGAUCCGACGAGUUACUCUCAGCUGCCGCCUCCGCUUUGUCCUCGGAGGCGGCGUCCAUCGCUCCGGAGAUCCGAAGAAACGAUGAUAACGUAUCUCUCAGUAUCAUCAAGUCGAAAAUCGCUUGUCAUCCUUCGUAUCCUCGAUUACUCCAAGCUUACAUCGAUUGCCAAAAGGUCGGAGCGCCGCCGGAGAUAGCGUGCUUACUGGAGGAGAUUCAAAGGGAGAGCGAUGUGUAUAAAAGAGACGUUGUUCCGUCGUCUUGCUUCGGAGUUGAUCCUGAGCUUGAUGAAUUCAUGGAAACAUACUGCGAUAUAUUGGUGAAGUACAAAUCGGAUCUUGCAAGGCCGUUUGAUGAAGCAACGACCUUCUUGAACAAAAUCGAGAUGCAGCUUCGGAACCUAUGCACUGGUGCAGCCUCUGCUAGGAGCCUUUCGGAGGAUGGUGCAAUUUCAUCUGAUGAGGAACUGAGUGGAGGCGAUGAGGUAGCAGAGGAUGGGAAACAAAGAUGCGAGGACCGUGAUCUCAAGGACAGGCUUCUACGUAAAUUUGGAAGCCGUAUAAGUUCACUAAAGCUGGAGUUUUCAAAGAAGAAGAAGAAAGGAAAGCUACCAAGAGAAGCAAGACAAGCUCUUCUCGAUUGGUGGAAUACUCAUUAUAAAUGGCCUUACCCUACUGAAGGUGAUAAGAUAGCUUUAGCUGAUGCAACGGGGUUAGACCAGAAACAGAUCAACAAUUGGUUUAUAAACCAAAGAAAACGCCAUUGGAAGCCCUCAGAGAACAUGCCUUUCGCGAUGAUGGACGAUUCUAGUGGAUCAUUCUUUACCGAGGAAUGA